AAUAUAAAAUAUAAAAUUGCAAUUAUACACAAAUAUACGUAAUUUAUUAUUCAUAAUAAUUAAUGCUGCAAAAUCACAAAAACAAACUAUUUCAAUUAUAUUUAAUAAAAAUAAUUAAUAAAACAUGUGAACUCAAAAUUUACAAAAUAAAAUUGGUUUAUGUGAUUUUAUGUAUUUUAAAUGUUAAAUAUUUAUCUUAAAAUUUUGAAAAUUUAAUAAACAUAAUUAUUAUGAGAUUUAACGAGACUUAACGAAUCUUAACGAAACUCAACGAAACUUAACGAAAGUUGAGAUAAAACACAUUGAACCGAUUUUAAUUUUAAAUUUUUCAUUUUAUUUUAAUUUUGUUUACUAUAAUUGAAAAUGCAUUGCGUCUAGUUUUAGUUAUAAAAAAAACAUAAUAAUAAAAUUGAAUGAAAAGUAAAUUUAGAAAAAUAAUAAAGAGAAAAAUAUAUUGGGGCUUUUCUGCUAAAAUAUUAAAAAAUAACUAAGUAAUAUUAAAUAAAAGAAAAUUGUUUGUGAUAAGUUUUGUGCAAUUUUCAAAAAUGAAAUAUUUAAAAAAGAAAAUGCUUUAAAUUUAUUUGCUUUACAAAAAAAUACAAGGAAAAUGCUGAAAAAUUAAAAAAAAAAAAAUAAAAACUAAAUUAUGAAAAUUCUGAUAUGAAAAUAAUAGGUUGAUCCUGCUUUAGCAAUUUUUAACAACUAUACAAAUAAUAAAGCGUCGAAAAAAACAAAAAUCAAUGCAAAGUCAGAAAGCUCGAGCGUUUUCUUUCGCUAAAUUUUUUUUUUGCUAAAAUUUUCAAAUAUUCAGAAAAUUUAAAAUUUGUUUUUGUUUCAUAUUUUAAUAUAAAAUUUUCAAAAAUAUAUUUUGAUCUUUUAUUAAAUUACAUAAUAUAACAGACUAAUAAAUAUUAUAUAACAAAAUAAACUAAAACAAAAAAAAAAUAAAUCAAAAAAGAUGACUGAACAAGAUAAUUUUGAGGAUGAGUUGGUAUCUAGCAAUCCGAAUCAAAAGAAUUGGCGUGGAAUAUGUAUAGCAAUAUUAGUUAUAACAAUUGUAUUGGCACUUAUAGUAACAUCAGUUGUAUUACUUACCCCUCCUGAUGAAGGACCAAGAGUUAAAGGACAACGUAUUAAAUUACAAGACGUCAUUGAUGGAUUAUAUCUGCCUCAGCGAUCAAAUGGAACAUGGAUAAAUGCGGAAGAAUUUUUAUAUCAAGAUCAAUGGGGUCAAAUAUGUCUAUUGAAUGUUGCGAAUUCAUCAGAUCGUGUUCUGAUGUCCAAUAUUACUUUUAAGGAUUUAUCGCCAUAUACAUUUUCAUUAUCGCCUGACAAACGUUUUAUAUUGGUAUCACAAAAUGUCCAAAGGAUAUAUCGACAUUCAUUUAUAGCACAAUAUACAGUGUUUGACAUUCAAACGAGUGAAAGUAUAAAACUUUCAAUACGGUCACGUGAAAUUGGUGAAUCAUGGCCAUAUCUGCAAUAUGCUCAAUUUAUACCGCAAGGAAAUGCAAUAAUAAUGAUCUAUAAUUCUGAUAUAUUUUAUACACAAGGACCACGUUCAAAACAUAUUUAUCGUGUUACAAAAGAUGCAAAACCGGGAAUCAUAUCGAAUGGUGUUCCUGAUUGGUUAUAUGAAGAGGAAGUUUUAUAUUCGAAUCAUGCAAUUUGGAUGUCAGAUGAUGGCCAUCAAAUGUUAUAUGCUUCAUUUAAUGAUAGUCUUGUUGAAGAGCAACAUUUUGCAUGGUAUGGUACACAGCAACAAUAUAAUAAUGAUGGUAUAAAAAAUAAUUUCAAUGGUAAUAUUGGUAAUAGUAAUUCUGGAGGAAGUGAUUCACCAUUAUAUCCAGAAAUUAAAUCUUUAAGAUAUCCAAAACCUGGCACACAAAAUCCAGAAGUAACAUUGAAAGUAGCUGACUUAGCAAAUCCGAAGAAUAUUGUUACAAAGCAUGUUCGUCCACCAUUAUCAUUAAAGGAUGUGGAUCAUUAUUUUACGAGUGCCAGUUGGAUAAGUCAAACAGAAAUUUGUAUAAUUUGGUUGAAUCGUGCACAAAAUAUGUCAAUAAUUUCAUUAUGUAAAAGCCCUCUAUUCCAUUGUAUUGAGAAUAUUCGAAUUAGUUCAGAUAAUCGAGGUUGGGUUGAUACAUUGUCUGUGCCAUUUUUUGCUACAAAUUCUUCAUCUUAUAUAACAAUAUAUCCUUGGAGAGAUGGUGCAGCAGGAUAUUUUAAACAUUUGGUACAUGUUCAAGUUAUGGGAGGUAGAAUAUUACCAUUAACACAUGGUCGUCAUGAGGUCAAUAGAAUAUUACAUUGGGAUCAAAUACAUAAUAUUAUUUAUUUUCUUGGAACACCAGAAAGAUUACCAUCCCAACAGCAUUUAUAUAGAGUAUCAGCAAUACCGCCAAGAUUAGGACAACCAAUGCCAGAUCCACAAUGUAUGACAUGUCCACCAAUAAAUAAAGGUGAAACAACAACAAAACCACCACCAAAAUUAGUUACAGCUUGGGAUGAUGAUUGGGAGGAACAAGAAGAAGAAUUAGUAACAUUACCACCACCUCCAACGCCACCAACACCACAACGUAAAAAUAAAAUAAUUGAUGAUUUUGAAUCAAAACCAUGUUUAUAUCAUACAGCAAGAUUUCCACCAACAGCAAGUGCUGAUUAUAUACUUAUAGAAUGUCUUGGACCAACAAUACCAACUAGUGUUAUUUAUUCAAUAGUAACAAAAAAUGUUAGUAUGUUCAGUCAAACAUCAUCAUCAUCAUUAUCAUCAUCGUCAUCCGAAUAUUCAAAUAAUAAUCAUAUUAAUAAUCAAAUACCACCAUUGGAAUUAUUAAUGACUGUACAAAAUAAUACGAGACUGAAACAAAAAAUUGCAAAAACAGCAAUGCCACAAAUACGUGCAUUUCCAGUUAUGAUAUCUGGUGGUUAUCAUGCACAAGUAAGAUUAUUUUUACCACCAGGUUUACGUGAUGAUGAAAUAACUAGAUAUCCAGCAAUAUUACAUGUAUAUUCUGGUCCAGGUACACAAUUAGUUACAGAUAAUUGGCAUGUAGAUUGGAAUACAUAUUUAGCUAGUUCAAAAGAUUAUAUUGUGAUACAAAUUGAUGGUCGUGGUUCUAGUGGACAAGGUUAUCAAUUAUUACAUGAAGUAUAUAGAAGACUUGGUACUGUAGAAGUUUCUGAUCAAAUUGAAGUUAUGGAAUAUCUUAGGGAUAAUUUUGCAUUUAUUGAUGGUCGUCGUAUUGGUAUAUGGGGUUGGAGUUAUGGUGGUUAUGCAGCAGCAUUAGCAUUAGCUAGUACACAAUCAAUAUUUCAUUGUGGUGUUAGUGUAUCACCAGUAACAAAUUGGAGAUUAUAUGCAUCAACAUAUUCUGAACGUUAUUUAAGUUUUCCAAAUGUUACCGAUAAUUACAAGGGUUAUGAAGAGGCUGAUUUAACAAAAUAUGUAAAUAAUUUACGUGAAAAAUAUUUUCUAUUAGUACAUGGUACAGCAGAUGAUAACGUACAUUUUCAACAAUCAAUGAUAUUAGCAAAAGCAUUAGCAUCAAAGGGUGUUCUAUUUAAACAACAAAUAUAUCCAGAUGAAGGUCAUAGUUUAGCUGGUGUUAAAAGACAUUUAUAUCGUUCUAUGACCGGAUUCUUUGAUGAUUGUUUUAAAAAACUGAUUGAAGAUGAUCCACAAGAGAGUUCUGCUGAACAUUUUCUAGAAUUCCUAUAAAAAUCUUAUAUAAAAACUGAAAUUAAUAAGCGAAACGCAAGAGUACCUUAAUCAUUUUAAUCAAAAAAUAUUCAUAUAACAUUAAAAUAAUUUUAAUUUUAAUAUAAAAAACAAUAUUAAAAAUGUUAAUGAAAUAUAACAAAAUAUUUUCAUAAAAAACAUAAAUUAAAUGUUGCCAACAGAAAGUAAAAAACCAAAAUUGUGAAUUUCAUUCAGUGUGAAUGUGUGAGUGCAUACAAUACAAAGAAUAAAUAAAAUAAAAGUCAAGACGAAACUCUGAAUUUUCGAAUAAAGAAAAACCAAAAAUAUUUAGAAAUUUAAAAAAUUAU